AGAAGCGCUUCACUUUAGGUUGAGGUCCAGGUGAGGAAAGUUGUUGCAGAGAUUUCAUUGGUGUGGUUUUUAUACGUCGAGCUCUGGUUUGCUUUCAUUUAUCGUGUGCAACGGAACCGUGGCCGUGGGUUUGACGCCGGGACAGGACACAUUUAGCGGAAGAGCUAACACAGUCUGCGCAUUACUGAAGUUCAGAGACUGUCGAGCUGGCAGAGAUGUUUCAAAUAAAGAGGAUCUGUUGCAUUGGUGCGGGUUACGUAGGAGGCCCAACAUGCAGCGUCAUCGCCCAGAUGUGCCCGGAAAUCACAGUGACUGUUGUGGACGUCAAUGAGUCCCGAAUCAAGGCCUGGAAUUCUGACACUCUGCCCAUUUAUGAGCCUGGACUGAAGGAGGUGGUUGAAUCAUGCAGAGGAAGAAAUUUGUUUUUUUCCACAGACAUAGACUCGGCUAUCAGGGACGCAGACCUCGUCUUUAUCUCUGUGAACACCCCAACAAAGACUUACGGGAUGGGGAAAGGUCGCGCGGCUGACCUGAAGUUCAUCGAGGCGUGCGCCCGGCGCAUUGUCGAGAUGUCCGACGGCUACAAGAUUGUCACGGAGAAGAGUACGGUGCCAGUGCGCGCCGCCGAGAGCAUUAGACGGAUAUUUGACGCCAACACCAAACCCAGCCUCAACCUGCAAGUGCUGUCCAACCCAGAGUUCCUCGCAGAAGGAACGGCGGUGCGGGAUCUGAAGGAGCCAGAUCGCGUCCUGAUUGGUGGAGAUGAGACUGCUGAAGGUCAAAAGGCGAUCAGAGCGUUGUGUGCUGUAUAUGAGCACUGGGUCCCCAAGGAGCGCAUCAUCACCACCAACACGUGGUCAUCUGAGCUCUCAAAGCUGGCAGCUAAUGCAUUCCUGGCACAGCGAAUCAGCAGCAUCAACAGUAUCAGUGCUCUGUGCGAGGCCACUGGAGCCGACGUGGAGGAAGUGGCCAAGGCGAUCGGCAUGGACCAGAGAAUAGGGAACAAGUUCCUUAAAGCCAGCGUAGGUUUUGGUGGAAGCUGUUUCCAGAAGGAUGUGCUGAAUCUGGUGUAUCUGUGCGAGGCCCUCAACCUGCCUGAGGUGGCUUCCUAUUGGCAGCAGGUGAUCGACAUGAAUGAGUACCAAAGACGACGGUUUGCCUGCAGGAUCAUCGACUGUCUCUUCAACACUGUUACCGGCAAAAAGAUCGCCCUGCUGGGCUUCUCCUUCAAAAAGGACACGGGUGACACGAGGGAGUCGUCCAGUAUCUACAUUUCUAAGUACCUGAUGGAUGAGGGCGCCAAGCUGUUCAUCUAUGACCCCAAAGUCCUUAAAGAGCAAAUCAUUCACGACCUCUCCCAGCCCAGCAUCUCCGAGGACAACCCAGAGAGAGUGUCUGAGUUGGUGACUGUGACAUCAGACCCUUAUGAGGCUUGCCAGAGCGCUCAUGCAUUGGUCAUCUGCACAGAGUGGGACAUGUUUAAGGAACUGGACUACGAUAAGAUUUACAAGAACAUGCUGAAGCCGGCUUUCAUGUUUGAUGGCCGCAGAGUGCUGGACCACCUUCACCCUCAUCUCCAGAGCCUUGGCUUCCAGAUUGAGACCAUCGGUAAAAAGGUGACACCAGCACGAAUCCCCUACACUCCAGCAGCUGCUGGUCCUCGAAUCACUGCCAGCGACGUUCCCACCAGCAAAGCAAAAGUCUAAAACUCAUUUCUUCAUCACUCAACAUGCAGCAGAUUCCUCCUAGCCUUUCCCCCCCUGUAGCUGGUGAAACAAUCCAGAUCCUUCUCCCUCAGAUGCUGUAUCAUGCCCGAUGAACAGUGUGUGUGGGGGGGAUUGGAUGAGAGCUGCUGAUCCUUGAAUCCAAAAUUUGUGAAUGAUUGUUUUUUGUUUUUGAUUAAAGCAUUCCAUAUGCGGUUAGUUUUAUACAUUUCACAUAUCAGGUACACCUGUUGGACUGAUUUCUGAUGAACACUAUCAGCCUGAGUGUUAUAUUUACUGUACAAUCAACUAUUGUUCUAAAUCACAAAUUUUAUACUUAUAGUAUUUUUUAUAAAUCUACUGUAUGUUAGUCUGUCCUCAAUAUCUGUGGCUGUUUACUCAAAAGGGCCAAUGCAAGUAAAUUAAUUUUUCUGUUUUGUCUGUUUCAAAAGUAAUAAUAAAAAAUAAUAAUUAAGAAAUGACAAACUGCAAAAA